AUGGAGGCGCACGAUGCUUUAAGCUUUAAUUUCUUCAACGCUUUAAAGGCCAUUCGCUCCGAUUAUCUCCUUCGCGUUAUACCCGACAUAAACCUACUGGAUGUCUGGGAAGGAAUGCUAUUAGAUGUUGUCGGUAACGUCUCGAGCAUUGCUGGAUUACGAAAUGUACGAGGGUUCUCUACUUCAUACAUCUGUAUCUCACAUGAUUUUCGACGGCAGCGUAUUCGUUUCCGAUCCUGA